AUGGCAGCAGCCAUCACGGCAGGAACAACGGGGGGGAUCACGGCGGACGGAGCGACGGGGGAGGGAGGGGCAGGAUGGGAGGUGGGAGAGGGUGGGACAGGCGGAAUGAGGGAGGCAGGGAGUGGGAGGGCAGGAAGGAAGGAGAUAGGGAGGGUGGGGGAAGGAGGAGGGAGUGGGAGAGUAGAGGUGGGGGUGACAGCGAGGUACAGAGGGGGAGGGGAGAGGGGAGGGGAUGGGAGAGUAGGAGCGGCGGUGGGAGGGAGUGGGAAAAGAGGGGAAUGGCGAGGGAGUGGGGGAACGGGAGAGAGGAGAACAGAAGCGGGGGGGGCGGAGAGUGGGGGAACAGAAGCGGGGGUGGCGGGGAGUGGGGGAACAGAAGCGGGGGUGGCGGAGGGCGGGGGGAGAGGGGCGGCGUUAGAUCAUGGGAGCAGCGCGGGUCGAGGAGCAGCCGAGAGCAUGAGAUGGAGAAGCGGGAGCGGAUGGGGCAGGGGGGGCGAGGAGUGGGGGAUGGCGCAAGUAGCGGGAGCGGUGGCAGGGGGAGCUGGGGGGACAGGGGGAGCAGGGAGGACAGGGGGAGCAGGGAGGACAGGGGUGAACGGGGGGGAAGAGGGGGAAGGGGAGGAAGGGGGAGCAGGGAGGGGAGGAGCAGCUGGGAGGGCAGGGGGAGCAGUGGGGGGAGGAGCAGCUGGGAGGGCAGGGGGAGCAGUGGGGGGAGGAGCAGCUGGGGGGAACGGGGGAGCAGGGGGGGAAGGGGGGCCAGAGGGAGCGGUGGGGGGAGGGGGCGCGGAGGGGGCAUGGGGGGCAGAGGGGACAUGGAGAACGGGGAGAGUAUGGGGGAGAUUGGCAGGGGGAGUGGCAGCAUGGCAGGCGCGCGGAGGAAUAGGUGGGGGGAGGGAGAAACCGGGGCAAUACUAG